GUAAAGCUGUCAAUGGGAACAAGGAGUUACGCGUAAACGUUGCAGAUUACUCAGGAUUAGAGCAGCCCGAGAAAGUUUGGUUCUGUCGUCUUGGCUUUGGUGACAAGAGUAGGAGUGGCUUGGUCCUAAAGCAGCUCGCCAGAUCAGAUUUCACCCAAACCAGCUGUGCGUGUGUAUGUGUGUGAGAGAGAGGGAGCUUUGCCUUUUCUCCAUACUCUCCCUCUCCAUGUUGUAAGCGAGCUCCACAGAUCAAGAAAGAAAAGGGGGAGUGACGAAGAGAGUUCAAGCGGCUUUCUGAAGGAAUUUUCCUUCGAUUAGGCAAGAAGACAGAAAGUCUACUGAGUCCAUAGAACAGCGGCAAGAAUGGAUGAUCAGCCACGGUUGAUGCAUUCCUCUCAUGGGGUGGGCAUGACCGGACACCCCGGCCUGGCGCAACAUAUGCAGGAUGGCACGGGAGGAGCGGACGGCGAGGGAAGAAAACAGGACAUUGGAGACAUAUUACAACAAAUCAUGACCAUAACCGACCAAAGUCUGGACGAAGCACAGGCGAGGAAACAUGCACUGAAUUGUCACAGAAUGAAGCCGGCUCUUUUCAACGUCCUUUGUGAAAUAAAAGAAAAAACAGUACUGAGUAUCCGCGGAGCUCCAGAGGAGGAGCCACCAGAUGCGCAACUCAUGCGUUUGGACAACAUGCUGCUAGCUGAGGGCGUGUCCGGACCUGAGAAAGGGGGUGGGUCUGUUGCGGCUGCAGCUGCAGCUGCUGCUGCGGCGGGCGGGGCCGGGUCUGACAACUCGGCUGAACACUCAGACUACCGGGCCAAACUGACCCAGAUUCGUCAGAUCUACCACACAGAACUGGAGAAGUACGAGCAGGCGUGUAAUGAGUUCACCACCCAUGUGAUGAACCUGCUGCGGGAGCAGUCUCGCACUCGGCCCAUCUCCCCAAAAGAGAUUGAGCGCAUGGUGGGCAUCAUCCAUCGCAAGUUCAGCUCCAUCCAGAUGCAGCUCAAGCAGAGCACCUGCGAGGCCGUCAUGAUCCUGCGCUCACGCUUCCUUGACGCCAGACGAAAAAGGAGAAACUUCAAUAAGCAGGCCACAGAGAUCCUAAACGAAUACUUCUACUCCCACCUCAGCAACCCAUACCCCAGCGAGGAAGCAAAGGAGGAGCUGGCUAAGAAAUGUUCCAUUACAGUCUCACAGGUAUCUAAUUGGUUUGGAAACAAAAGGAUCAGAUACAAGAAAAACAUUGGGAAAUUCCAAGAAGAAGCCAACAUGUAUGCCGCCAGAACCGCAGCUACCGCAACCAGCGUCUCCACCCACGGCAGCCAAGCCAACUCGCCUUCCACACCAAAUUCAGCUGGUUCUGCUGGCUCUUUUAACAUGAAUUCCGGGGACUUGUUCAUGAGUGUGCAGUCUCUGAAUGGGGACUCAUACCAGGGGGCCCAAGUGGGGGCCAACGUUCAGUCACAGGUGGAUACUCUUCGCCAUGUUAUCAGUCAGACAGGCGGAUACAGUGAAAGCCUAGCUGCCAGUCAAAUGUACAGUCCACAGGGCAUUAAUGCGAACGGUGGCUGGCAAGAUGCCCCCACACCCUCCUCAGUGCCCUCACCUACAGAAGGACCUGGGAGUGUCCAUUCUGACACCUCCAACUGAUCAGCAACAUCAUCAUCAUCACAGACCGCUGGAUCUUCAGACUGCUCUCACUAAAGAUCCACUACUGUCCACAGAUUGGGAUUAACAUCCCACACAGUCAUACACAAUCAUACUACACCUACUUACCACCGUGGAACAUUUGGGAUACUUUACAAGAGUUUAGAAAACAAUUCUGAAUAAAUAAAAGAAAAAAGAAAAAAAAAAAGAACCAUGUGUUUGUACAGUUUUCAAGGUGUAUUUUAAGUGGUACAGGAUGACUAACAAACCUGUGACAGUUUCAGUCUUAUGAGGCUUUUGUUAAUGAUGGAACAACCAUUUGUUGUGUGUAAAUUUGAAUGCUUCAUUCUACCUCUCAGCAAAAGAAAAACAGAAAAAUGAAUAUGAAAUGCAAAAGAGUAGUAUUUGUUUUCUAAAAAAAAAAAAAGGAAUCUCUCCUUAUCGGUACGUUCAGUCAUAAUUGCCUCUUUUCUUCGCCUCUUUUGUUCUCUCAUCACUAGUGACAGUGACUUUUUUUUUUCUUUUCUUUUUUUAACCCAGGCUCAUGGAAUUUACAUGAACAUGAUACAAUUUUUGCAAUAAUUGUGUUUGACUGCAGGUUUCCAGUGAAAUAUCCAGCUGGGGGCACCAAAAGCGAGUGAAAUGGUGUCAUAUUCAGAUGCAGUUUUAAGGUGUCUUUUAGAUGUAUUUAUUUUAAACAUACCUCCCUAACCUAAAACUUUUGCCUGAACCUAACCAAUAGUGUUUUAAAAUAUGAAUGAGACAUUUAAAAAAGACAUCCUUACCAAAUCAAUGCCUAAACAUUCCCUAAACUUAGCCAUUAGUGUUUUAAAAUGCAGAAACAAAAUGAUAAAGCACCUUUUUUGAAGCAACCACCUCAUUUGUAUGACUCUAAUGUUCAUGGCUAGACUUGAACUGCAGUACUCUCCAACGUUAGGUGAACUACCACACAAGCUAUCCGUGUUGGAAUAACUGAGUUUGUAAUAAAAGCAUUAAAAUUUAUAGUUUUUUAAAAGGUGUGUUUGAGUAAAAGUGUGUGGAUAUCAUAAAAUAGCAGGGUCUGAGUAACAGAGAGAAAAAUACGUUUUAUAAUGUCACAAUCAGCCAUUUAAGUCAUGAUUUGAGUGAAAGUGAAUAAAACACACAGUUAUUGUAGUGCCUCAAGGGUUACUUUCACCUGGAAACUGCAGGGAAUUGUACCUGGAGACACGUUUAACAGGUUUUGCAAAAAUGUAUAUAGAGUCACGUUUUCACUAUGAGUAUGGGUUGUUUAUUUAUUUAUUAUUAUUAUUAUUAUAAAGGCCCUCAGAUUUUAUUUUAUUUAAAUUUUGCCCAAUAAUAGCAGAUUUUUCUACAUUAAAUUGGAUUUGUGGAGGUUGCCUAUACCAUCUGAAAAUGGAUUACCUCAUCAUGUUUUCCCCACAAACACCAUUACAAAAACUGUUCUUUUAAUUCAUAGUUAAAUGUACACCUUUAUUUUCAGCUGAGAGUGCAAGUCCAAACACAACUCUGUCAUAGAUUUUAUUUGGAGUCAUUUCCUCACUCUGUUUGUUUUUGAGGACACUGUCUGUGAGUCAAUGAAAAUAUAACUGAUUUCGGAAAUGGAGGAAGCAUCAAGUCAUUAUGGUCUAUAAUGACAUUUCCUCCCUGCUUUCACUUCAGAUCACUUUCAAAUGCUCCCUUACUCCCUUAUUCCCCUAAGUAAAGGAAUUUGACAUAAACAGCAAUAUAUUUUGUUUUGUUUACAGUAUACAGGCAGGUACCCUUUACUGCCCCAAGUUAUGAAAAACAAGCACUAAUGCUCUUUAUUGUUUUGAAGAAGUUGAAUUAGCUUUAGUAUGUUCCCUUUUUAAGAUUUUGUUUAAGGUAUUGUUCUUUAUUGUAAACAUCCUCUGUUAAGUUUUGUAAAGACCUUGAAUAUUUCAUCAUAAAGACAUGAGAUAUUGUCUUAUUGUUAUUUUGAAAAUAAUUUAAUGUAAGAGAGCAACUGUGAGUGUACAGUUUUAGAAACAUUACAGCCAAGUGUCGCUGUUAACCAAAAUCCUUUGUGUAAAUGUUGUAAAAGAAGAUGAAAUAUCAUGCUCAUACAUGCUCAGACAUAAUGAGCUUGUCUCAGUUUUCUGUUGCAUUUAAAAGGAAGUUGAAAUUCAUACGCAGGCUUGUAUGUGCCAAAAUGGUAAUGCAUAUGGUUAAGUACAAAUCUCGUCUAAUUUCUUUUGAGCAUUUUGUGUUUCUGAUGCCACCGCUUCAAUUGGUAAAUCAUGACUAAUGAAGCUAUUCCACCUAAUUGAAAAAAAUGACGCUGAAAAAUCCAAUAGUUAACUAAUUUUUGUUGAAAAUAUAUCCCUGUCUGUCAGGGCUCCGGAUAAUGAAGUUUGUUUUGCAGUACAUUGAAUCAGAAUCCAUUUAAAUGGGGAAGUCAUUAAGUUAAUACGAUUUGGACAUUUCGACAGUCACUCUUAGCUGUGUUGAUGCAGGUAACAGUAUGUACAACUGUUCAGUCUGUAUGGACCCGUUGCCCCUGAACCCGGAAAUCCAGCAUGUUGGCUUCUGAAAAAGUUCCAAAAACUGACUGGAAUUGAAGCCAGUGAAUCAUCAUUGCUCCAAUAUUUGUUUCAAAUAAAAACAGUGUCUUAUAUCAUAUGAUAUCCCCUUAAUUUGUACUUUUACAAGUGUUUUACGCAAAAAACAUAUUCAUGAACAGUUGCCAAAAAGGAAGGAGCUGGACCUGUUUAAUGGAUUUCGAGGGGAAAUGUCUUGGAAUGUUCAUUACUAUUCACUAUCAAAACCAAAAAUGUAAAAACUGAAAGCUUAUGUACUGUAUGCAUAAGAAUCUUAAAUAUGCGAUAGAUAUUUAAUUGCCUUUGCAUUUGUUGUAUUAUUUCUUUCUUGAUAUCCUUUUUUGUUUUAUAAUUUGGUUAGCUCUUAUUUUACUAUGACAGUUUAUCUUAUUGUACAAGUAAUUCUGAAACACCAGUUAAUAUAUUAUUAUUAUUAUUAUUUAAUAGUUUGAAGAUAAUCAUGCUCCAUGUGAAAUACAUACAUCAUCUGUUAUUUGAAUAACAUACAUUUAUGACUCAAAAGAACACACUCUAAUUUACUGAUGGUUGCCAUUGUGAAAAUGUAUAUAUUUUGUGAAAUAGACUUGACCGCACUUGUUAUAAAUACAUUAUUAGAUGACACAAUUAUGUACCAUAUGAUGCAUUGAAGUCCAAACAGUUGUUUGGGAUUCCCUACAAUUCCCACCAACUCUGUCUUAAAAUUGACAUGAUUAUCAUCAAUAAAUGUUGUAUUGCUCACUGAACAGUAUUGAUACAUUUCAGUAUGUAUUUUGUGAGAUUCUCUCUUUUGUUGUGGUUGUUUUGUAUAUAUA